CUCUCGGCAUCAUUCUAUCGAGUUUGUCAGUUCGUGACGGCGAGUUUUUCGUGUGAUUUUCUGUGAUACUACAAAAUACUCCUGUGAUACAAAUACGAAAAUGUUAAACGAACCUGAUGGAGAAUCGGUAGAGGCUCGUGAAAUUUCCAAUGGAAGCAAAUAUUAAAUUUAACAUUGUUUUGUUAUUCACUUAUAUUAUUUUAUUAUCUAGCUGCUACCAAGACUAAUUUAUGUAUAGCGCGACCAUUCGACGAGAACUAAUCUUGAGUUAUGUAAAUGACACGUCGAUUGCAGCGGAAAAAUGUACACUGAGGUGUUAAACGAAUUUUCGCCAUUACGGGGAGUUUGGUAGAGCCCGAGGGAGGCGUGAUCGUCCUGAUAUCUCGUUGAGAACGUAAGAAAUUUGCAACUCGAGCGGUGGAAUCAUGGCCGUGUCGAUAAAUGAAAUCUGCGAGAACACAAAGCUCGCGCGUGAAAUGGCAUUGAUGGGAAACUACGACACGUCUGGCGUUUACUAUCAGGGAGUAGUGCAACAGAUACACAGACUACUCGCAACCAUAGCAGACGCGACUCGCAAGGCAAAGUGGCAGGUUGUGCAGCACCAGAUUGCCGAGGAGUUUGAGAAAGUCAAGGCCACGUCCAACACGCUGCAGCUCUUCAAAGUGGACACGCACGGCGAGAGGCUGCUCGGAACGUCCUGUCUGUCAUUUGAAGAGCCAACGCGAGAUCCUGCUAUGUGGUCUUACAACAAUUCAGAUUCCUCUUGGAGUCAGACACCACCGAGGGAUCCCGAUGUCUGGCCUCCCUUAACCCCAGCAGAACAAAAAAGUUCCCGACAACAGAAGAUUCAGCAGAAGCAGCAGAAUCGAACAAAUACCAGGAAAUCUCUUGCCACAGCCAGGAAGCCAGAAAGUAAAGCUUCUGGUAAAAGGGACGAUAAGAAAUCUGCCAAAAAAGAUGAUGCGAGCAAGGAUAAGCCAGAAACGGAAAAAGACGACGUUGAACUAGAAGAACGUAAAUUUGAGCCGUCUUCAAAUGAUAAAGAUCUUGUAGAAAUAUUAGAGAGAGACAUUGUUCAAAAGAAUCCAAAUAUUCACUGGGAUGAUAUAGCUGAUUUACACGAGGCAAAGCGAUUGCUGGAGGAAGCAGUUGUCCUUCCAAUGUGGAUGCCCGACUUCUUCAAGGGGAUCAGGCGACCUUGGAAAGGAGUGCUAAUGGUUGGACCACCAGGCACAGGUAAAACUAUGCUAGCAAAGGCUGUUGCGACAGAGUGUGGCACAACAUUCUUCAAUGUCUCGUCCUCUACAUUGACGUCCAAGUACAGGGGUGAAUCGGAGAAACUCGUUCGGUUGCUGUUCGAGAUGGCCAGAUUUUAUGCGCCCAGUACGAUCUUCAUCGACGAAAUUGAUUCUUUGUGCUCUAGAAGAGGAUCUGAAUCCGAACACGAAGCUUCACGUCGUGUAAAGUCCGAGCUUCUUGUUCAGAUGGAUGGAAUAAGUUCCAAUAGCGAGGAUCCAAGUAAAGUGGUAAUGGUACUAGCGGCAACAAAUUUCCCAUGGGAUAUCGACGAGGCUCUAAGAAGACGUUUAGAGAAACGUAUCUACAUUCCACUACCAAAUCAUGAGGGCAGAGAAGCAUUGCUAAGGAUAAAUCUUCGUGAAGUUAAAGUAGAUCCGUCUGUGAAUAUGACAGAUAUCGCAAGGAAACUAGAGGGUUAUUCUGGAGCAGAUAUUACGAAUGUUUGUCGGGAUGCUUCCAUGAUGCUAAUGCGAAAGAAAAUCGCAGGUCUAAGACCUGACCAGAUCAGACAAUUGCCGAAGGAAGAAUUGGAUUUGCCCGUGUCUGCUGCAGAUUUCGACGAAGCCGUUGAGAGAUGUAACAAAAGCGUUUCUCAAGAGGACUUGGAGAAAUAUGAAAAAUGGAUGAGCGAAUUCGGUUCCUCUUGAUAUCAUUCCCUCAAGAAGUAAUAACAUAUUUCAUUAACAUGUUCGUUGAUCCUGAUUACAAUUAAUGUUGCAAUAUUAUUCUGUUUAACAUAUACAAGGAAGCUUAAGGAGUUUAAUCCUUCGCAACUCCUAAAUGACUAGUUCUCUAUACUCGAGACUUGAGGAAAAUCAAAUUGGAAAAUAAAAGACUGUAUGGUAGGAAUAGUAUGAGAUAAAAGUUGAGUAAUAUUUCUAAUCUGUUAGGCCGUAACGCUGAAUGAAGACUUAAUGACGGUAACAAAGCAGUUGUAACUUUUGUAUAGUCAGUAAUAUAUUUCAUUAAAUCUACAUAUAAAUCUAUUUGUAACAAUACAAUCAUUGAAACAA